AUGCAAGUUGGUGGACGCUGUCAUGUGGCUGUGUACAGUAACCCGCCCUCGAAAGCUGCGAUGCCUCCACCACCCGUCGUCAUUCCUGCUGCCAGUGGCAAUUCCAUCGUUGUCAGCCCAGUCCAGAGAGGCAAUCCUGUUCUUGAAGCCAUCAAAAACGUUUCGAAGGAAUUUGGCGAGAUUCCAUGCGACUACCAAGUUGGACGCACAACCGGAGUCCUAUUCUUGAGUUUGAAGUACCACCGCCUACAUCCCGAAUAUAUCCACACGCGGAUCGAAAAACUUGGGCGUCAUAUGUAUACGCUGAGAAUCCUUCUUGUAAUGUGUGAUGUAGUGAGUUGCGACAGCAUUUCACACGAUGAUUUCUCCAAAAGAACAGACAGAACAUCGAGAUCCGAUUCGAGAAUUGACCAAAGUACUGCGUUUAUUACCUCGAACGUCGUUCCUCCCUUCACUUUCGUAUGCCAGGUUUGUCUGAUCAACGAAAUAACCAUUCUCGUGGCAUUCUCCGUCGAUGAGGCCGGCCACUACCUAUCUACUCUCAAGCAAUUCGAGCACAAGCCUCCCGAUCUGAUCAAGGAGCGCGUCGACAAAGACUAUGAUUCCCUUUUGAGGGCCUCUUUGACGAGUAUCAGCAAGGUCAACAAAACGGAUGUCGAAUCUCUGCGCACGGCUUUUGGUAGCUUCGCCAAUAUCUCCAGGGCGACAUCAGACCAGCUGAUGAAUCUUCCUGGCUUUGGGCAAGUCAAGGUACGGAAUAUCAAGAGCGCCUUUGAGAAGCCGAUCCGAAACAAUGCGACGAAUACUUUGGAGCACCUGAGUGCUCAUUCGACCUCGGGCAAGGCUAAGACGACUGCACGCCGAGAAGAGAGCCCCGAGUGGGAUAUCGAACAGGAUGUGACUGCGGAGGAGAUUCGAGAGCAGUCCAGUCGAUCUCAGCAGUGGAACAUUGAAUUGGAUUUGAACUGAUCCAUCAGGACAGUGACCAUGAGAAGUAUAGUAAGUAGUUACUGCAUGGUAAGGCUAGCUAGUGUAAAAUGCAGUUCGAAGAUGAAGAUCGAAGAUGAAUAAUGUAGACUAGAAGUAAGAGGUAUAGUAAAUAGUACCCGCGUCAACGGGGCUACGAUGGCCUGAAGUACUGUUGUAUAUGUGCCUUGCCCUUGAGUUUGGAUCGCAUCGCUGCUUGCUGCUGAUAGUGUAUGCGCAUCGAAAGUUGCUUCAGUGCCGCUUUGGCACGAGAGCGAUCAAGAUGAGCCGCUCGUGUAUCGACUGAAGAAGAUCAGCAGAAGAAACUAAACCAAGGAAGGAGAAUGCGAACCGAUUCGGGAAUGUAACUUCUCGAUGCCUUCCCGAACCAUCGUCAGGUCGCUCUCGACUGCCGACGAAGACUUGCUGGGACUCGUACACGCAAGCUCAAGGGUUCUUUGCCUGUCGGCCCAGACAUAGCCUUCAACAUCUGACACAGCCACUCCAAGGAUGUGAACAUGCAGAGCAAGGUCAACGUAAUCUGUGCCCUCGUGCAAUUCGAAGAUUCCAUGCGAGCCAUCCGCAGAGCGAUCUGGAAGUAUAGCUUGAUCCAAGAGGACUUGGAGCGGAG